GGUGCCAGCGAAGACGCCCUUGGCGCGUGGAAGGGGCGGAACCGGGAACUUACUCCGUCCUAGAGGAGCAGGAAGCGCCGAGUGCGGGCCCAAGGACGCCCACCAGCCGACCCUGUGCACUCAGGUAGAGGCGGCGGCUCCGGUCCCGGAAGUCCAGUGGGCAGCUCCCCAGAUGUGGGGAUCGGCUCCCGGCGAAGGGAGGCAGCUGUCCAGGAGGGCCACUCUGGUCGGGGUGAGGCACAGCCAAAACCCACAUCUACUGGCAUACGUCCCAUCCUGAGACUGCUACCUGUGUUCAAAGGUGUUCCAGGGCCCCAGCCAUGAACUACGUGGGGCAGCUGGCGGAGACGGUGUUCGGGACGGUGAAGGAGCUAUACCAGGGCCUGAACCCAGCUACGCUGAGCGGUGGAAUUGACGUGCUGGUGGUAAAGCAGGUGGACGGCUCCUUCCGCUGCUCGCCCUUCCACGUGCGUUUCGGCAAGCUGGGCGUCCUGCGGUCACGGGAGAAGGUGGUAGACAUUGAAAUCAACGGGGAGCCGGUGGACUUGCACAUGAAGCUGGGGGACAGCGGGGAGGCCUUCUUCGUCCAGGAGCUGGAGAGUGACGAGGAACACGUGCCUCCCCGCCUGUGCACGUCACCCAUCCCCUGGGGGGGCCUGUCUGGGUUCCCCUCGGACUCCCAGCUGGGUACAGCCAGUGAAGCAGAGCCCAUCAUCACCGGUGUGCCCUCCACGGGGCGGAAGAAGAGGCUUCGUAGGAGGAAACCCAGGCGGAAGGAGGACACAGUGGCAGCCGAUUCUAGUUCUGAGGAGCUGGAGGCAGGCGCUGAGAGUGAGCUGUCCCUGCUGGAAAAGCCAAAGCCAGAGUCUCCCGGCAGUGUCCUGUCAGAAGGGGAGUCCUCGCCGCAGCCCAAAGACAUCUAUCCCCUCUCUGAUGGAGAGUGGUCCCCGCAGGCCAGCCUCUCGUCAGGUGGGCUGACAUCCCCUAAAAGCGACUCAGAGCUGGAGGUGCAGACGCCCGAGCCCCGCGCCCUGAGGGCUGAGUCCCACAUGCAGUGGGCCUGGGGGAGGCUGCCUAAGGUGGCCAAGGCUGAGUGGCCAGUGUCCUCGACGGUCCCUGAUGGCAGCACAGGGGCAGCCUCUGCUCCUCAGGGAGAGCCCAGCACCGCCUCCACCUCUGUGACUGGUGUGGACCCUUCUGGAGCCCUGCUCCUGCCAGCGGGGGCUGGCACUGACCUCCUUCAGCCUGACAUGGAGGUGCCCGCUCUGGCGGGCCCCCUUCUUACCAUCCCUGAGAGAACAGAAACCAAGACUCAGAGGUCCAGGGGUACGGGUCACCCUCCUGCCUCUAAAUCAUGGAGCUGGGCCGCUCUGGAGGGUCCAGCUCCCACUGGGCAGCCAGAGGGAUCCUCCAGGGGGAAAGGCCCCCUGAAGAGAAGCCAGCACCUGGGCCCCAGUGACAUCUACCUGGAUGACUUGCCGUCUCUGGAUUCUGAGAACGCAGCCCUUUACUUCCCCCAGAGUGACUGGGGAAUGGGGGCCAGGAGGUGGAGUGAACCCAGCAGCCAGAAGCUCUUGGAGGACCCCAACCCCAAACAGGAGCCAGAACCCACUCCGGACACAGUGGACACUGUAGUGCUGUCCCUUUGUGGGGGACUGGCUGACAGCCGGGACAUUUCCCUGGAGAAAUUCAACCAGCACAUCGUCUCCUAUCAGGACCUCACCAAAAACCCUGGCCUCCUGGAAGACCAGAACCUAGUGGUGAAAAUCAAUGAGAAGCAUUAUAACUGGGCUGUAGCUGCCCCCAUGAUCCUCUCCCUGCAAGCCUUCCAGAAGAACUUGCCCAAGGGCACCGUGGACAAGCUGGAGAAGGAGAAGAUGCCCCGGAAGGGUGGGCGGUGGUGGUUUUCCUGGCGACGCCGGGAUUUCUCAGCCGAGGAGCGCAAUGCACAGAGGGAGAAGAACACAGCCAGGGAACCAGGGGGGGACAAGCCUGAUGUCCUGAGCAGUGAGGAUGACGCCCCAGACAGCCCUGUGAUCCUUGAGGCUCCCUCCCUGCCACCCUCACCUCCAGUCUACACGCCUACCUACAAGAAAUCCCUCCGACUCUCCUCCGAUCAGAUUCGGCAGCUGAACCUGCAAGAAGGUGCCAACGACGUGGUCUUCAGUGUGACAACCCAGUACCAGGGCACCUGCCGCUGCAGGGCCACCAUCUACCUGUGGAAAUGGGACGACAAAGUGGUCAUCUCAGACAUCGAUGGCACCAUCACCAAGUCGGAUGCUCUGGGCCACAUUCUGCCCCAGCUGGGGAAAGACUGGACACACCAGGGCAUCACGAGUCUCUACCACAAAAUCCACCUAAAUGGGUACAAGUUCCUGUACUGCUCGGCACGGGCCAUCGGCAUGGCUGACCUCACCAAGGCGUACCUGCAAUGGGUGAGCGAGCGCGGCUGUGGCCUCCCCAAGGGCCCCAUCCUGCUGUCUCCCAGCAGCCUCUUCUCCGCCCUGCACAGGGAGGUGAUUGAGAAGAAGCCAGAGGUCUUUAAGAUCGCCUGCCUGAGUGACAUCCAACAGCUGUUUCUGCCCCACGGCCAGCCCUUCUAUGCCGCCUUCGGGAACAGGCCCAACGAUAUCACUGCCUACCGACAGGUGGGCCUACCUGAAUCUCGCAUCUUCACAGUGAAUCCCCGGGGAGAGCUCACCCAGGAGCCCAUGAAGAACCACAAAUCCACAUACGAGCGGCUGGGUGAGGUGGUUGAGCUCCUCUUCCCGCCGGUGGCCCGUGGCCCGAGCACAGACCUGGCCAACCCUGAAUACAGCAACUUCUGCUACUGGCGGGAGCCACUGACCUCUGUGGACCUUGAUGCCCUGGCCUGAACCCGCCCAGGCUGCCCCCUCCUCUCUGGCCUGGCCCAGAACUGACUGGGUGUCCCAGGGCAUGGGGGUUGGAAGCUAGGUGGGGAGGACGGGCGCUGUGGGCUGGCUGGCAGCCUCUCCCGGUCCUGUUCUCCUGUCUCCUGCCAGCUGAGCUGCAGGGGGCGGGGCAGCUGCUCCAGGCCUCAGCAUGGCCCUGGCUGAUAGCAAUUAAAUGAUUGUCACCUGGGCCCUUGCAGCAGCAUUCUGUGCCCUUGACAUCUCUGUCCCUAUCACCCUGAGACUCUGCCUCAACUCCUGAUUAGGACAGAGAGAAUAGAGGCCCCACUGAGGCUUCAGAGUUGGGUGCACAGGGAAGGUUGGUGGCAGCAGUGGGGAGUAGUUGAAUAGCAUCUGGGAAGAACACAGUGCUCCCCCACUGCCUUCUGGGAGCCUGGACCGUCCACACCCUCUGAGGCCAGAGCCUCACAUAGCCCUGGCCCCUUCCCACAGCUCUUGAGCCAGACAUUGCAGCACAUCGCAAGCUCAGAUGCUCCAGUGACCUCUGAAAUCAGGAAAGGGGGAGCCCAGGGCAAUGCAAGGACCAAGAGAAUAUGGCUCUCACUUGGCCUAGCCUGCCCCCAGCAGCUGCUCCUGCUCCUCCCGGCACCUCCCCUGGGGACACAGGCAGGUGGGGGUUGGUCUGUCCUCCCCUAGCCUGGUCAGUUCAGUGCCCACACAGCUGCUGAGUGGGCUGCUGCCUGAGGAGCUGUGGGGAGGAGGGCUGGCAUCCCACUGCAGCCUUCCAUCUCUCCGUCUUCGGGGAAGAAAAUACCUUCAGAUGGGCUGAAAGCUUUAAUCCAGGCCUGCCCUUCCCCAAUAGCACCACAGUGGAGGGCAGGGUACCCAAUGUUGAGACACCAGAAGGCAGGGCUACAGGGACCUGCAAAACAGCACAGGAGGGCUCGUGCUGCUGUGGGGAAACUGAGGCCUGGAGACUCAGCAGGCAGGCCUCAGGGUCUUGGAACUGUGCGGGCUGAACACUUGUGUUUUCAGGUUGUCCCUUGGUGGUGUCAUUCAUAUCUGACUUUCUCAGGACUUUGUGAACGGAACAUCCAGGCGGGGUUGGGUUUACAGGGAUAUUGGAAACUAGGCCUGGAGCCCUCUCCCUCCAGCUGUGGCCUCUUGCCCAGGGUCUGACCUCAUUCAGGCCAUGACGUACAAGAAGGGCUGCUCUCUGGAGAGAGGCCCUAACCUGGGGGGGGAAGAACCGCCCCCGCCCCCACAUGGAAAGGAGAGAACUGUGUGCGAACCAGAGUGCCCUGAAAAUAUCUUUGGGGAAGAAAAAGGAUAAAUUGGAGUGGUAUCUCCAAACAGAUCGCCUGGACCCAAGCUUCCUCAAGAAUCUACAGCUGCCUAAGCCCUCACCUUGGGGAGAAUCAAAAGGAAUAAAGAGAACUCUGGCUGA